CUGGGCGACGGAGCGCGUCCUUUCUCUCCUAGAGCGCGCAGAUCGCACCCGGCCUCGCCACCCUCCAACGGCCGGUUGGGUAUCCGGCCGCGCGGGGGCCCACCCUCGCCACCACCUGAGUGAGAGCAGACGCGUCCCCCAAGCUGGGUCAAAUCUUUCAAGAUGUCCAUGAUCCCGAAGCACUUUGGACUGAAAACCAGAGAAGAAUCGUACAUGUUUAAAGAGCUUGAGAAGCUUCGCCAAGAGACUAAAAAGGAUUUUCUCCGAUCCAGGCAGAAGUUGGAAUCCAAGCCGAUUUUAGAUGAAGGCCCCAUUCGCCUCCUCCAGGCUCCGGGCUGGGGCCGUCCGGCGGACAAGAAGCGCGAUUCCUCCCCUCGACCCGGAGGGUUGCAAGCUUCCCCUUCGCCCAGGGGCCCCGGGGCCUCCGAGGCGGCCCUCGAGCCGGAGACGCACGCCUGCACGGCGCGCCCCUGGGGCCUGGGCCACGCAGCCGCUCGGCCGAAGCCCCGAGCGUUUCGCCCCCGGGAAUUCUACUUGCGGAGCUCGGCGUUCCGCCGCUACCCUCUCCAGAAGCCACCGGUUAUCGCCGCCAGGGUGGGCACCUCCAAGCCCUUGGUGCUGCUGCCGCCGCCCGCGCCGCCGGUGAGGCCGAGAGCGCUCCCGGAGGCGGGGAGCCCGCGGCCCUCUGCGUCCAGGCAGGGCCUCGAGCUGGCGCGGGCCCACGAGGUCACCGAGGAGGUAGCUCGGCCCGCAGAGACGCGCAGGGCCAAAGCCAGGAAGACCAGCUCCCUUUCCAGCGAGGACAGCGACCUGGGCCCGGGCGGCCGGUGGAAGCAGUUGAUGGUCACCACCCACUUCGUGCGCCGGCUGUCGGUUGGCGAGGCUGGGGAAGCGGCUGGGUCCGUGCUCAGAGCCCAGCGCCCGAGCCGCCUAUCCAGCGAGGCGCAGGACGCCGCCUGGCUGUCCCUGCCGCCCCGGCGAGCGCCCCCCAAGUCCUUCAAGGAGGUCCUCACCUCGCUGCAGUCCGAGGCCCAGCAGGCUUCCGACCAGAUCAUCAAAGAGCUCAUCCAGAGCAUCCUUGGCCCGAACUACGACUUUAAAAUGGAAGUAGGUGAACUAGUGCCGGAUAUGACUUUAAUGGGAAAAGCACAUCUCAAAACACCUCAGACGCAAGCAGAAAUACUUCACACGCAAGCAGAGCAAGGAUUAGAGAGAGUUGUUGAGGAAUCUCAAAUGGGUGUGCUCAAGGAACUUCCUGAAGCUACGUCAAGCAUUUUCCAGAUGGAGCAGGGCAAUGUGUCAGAAUGGGGAGAAUCAGAAGCAGAAAGCAUCGUAUUUAAAUCUCCGGAAAUGUCAGAGGUCCAGGUUGCUGAGAAAACAAGUAGACCUCUAGAAGAUGAGCAACCCACAAAAGAUUCAAAAGUAGGCAAACAGCUGUCUUUAAAGGAGAAAUCAUCAAAAUUAUUGCAUAUCACAGGGAAAGGAGUUAAGCGAAUGCGAAAAAGUAAUUUAGGAAUUCCACCACUGAGACCAGGAAAAUCUUUAAAAUUCCUUCGGGCUCAAAACCUACCUAAAAAAAUUCCACAUGACUACUGCACUCCCCACCUUCAUGAUCUGUGCACCACCAUCCCAGCUCAGGAGCUGCCUGUUGACUUGCGCCUGGCUUCUCGGCUGUAUCACACCGCUGACAAGAAAGGCCAUGAUAUGCUACGGGAAAUAUUUGGAUUUCCUUUCUUAGAUGAUCACUUUACAGAAGAAGAACAAAGAAAUAGAAUACUGUAUGGAAUUCCUGUUAUGGGUGAGAAUCAAGAAUAUGCUAGUAUUCCUUCGACAGCACCAGGGAUAUUCCCUGAAUUGCCACAGACAGCUGGAGAGCAUGCUCAGAAACCUUAUCUGCAAGUGUUGGGAGAAGAAGUGCCUGCUUACCCAGGGAUUUCAAAGUUGUUGUGGAGUCCAGCUGCUCCUAAAUUCUCUGUUCCAGAAUCUGUCAUGAAGAAAACCCUGUAUCCAAAAUAUGAGAGCGUUCAAGCAAGCCAAAUUUUAACUGUGAAAUUUUCAUCGGAAAGUAAAGAAAGUAUUAUUGUAGGUCAUAGCGAAAGCAUUUGUAGGUUUUUGUCACUAAGAAAAUCUGCAUCUUUUGGAGAUAUUAAAAAAUCUUCCAGGGUACCAUCUGUACAAUUAAAGAGAGUAAAAUCUGCUGUUGAAUUGAGGAAGGAGGAGACAGCAGUUCCAUUAGAAAUCAAGGAUGACAUGCAAAGCAAUAUAAAAGAGGUGAUGUUCCAGAAAGCAAAAGAGUGGGAGUUUCUGCUCACUAAGCAGAGUAAAACCGAGCAAUCCAAGCCAGCAAAAGAAAGCAUAGAUGUCCUCUUAGACAACAUUCAGGAAAAACAUGCUGUGAGAGAUCUCUCUGUCUCUCUCAUUGAGGCAUCUAGAAAAGCUGGCAUCAGUUACAUUGUCUAUCCCAGGAAAACGAAGAUGAAAUUGAAGAAAAGAUUGAGAUCUGAUAAACUCACAAUCGUGUAUGAAGAGUUAUCCAAGCCUCCGAAAACAAUACAAAGAUCCGCAUCUCAUGGAACACUUCCUGGACAGAAAAAAUAUUUUAUCAGACUUCCAUUAUAUGAACGUCCAAUACGAAGUCCCAGCUUGCCUUCAUGUUUAAAUUUUGAUAAUUUUGUCCAGAGUAUGGGAGGAAUUCCAGAAAAUAGUGAUCCUCGGACAUGGGCACUUGAUAUGUUCUUUAAGUAUGAACUUUGGAAAGAACCCAAAGAAGUUGUUGAAACAUCUGUUCUGAAAGACUUGCCCAAAACAAUGAAAGAAUCAAAAAAGCUAGAAUUAAGUGAUUCUCUGAAGUGUGACCUUCCACCAGGAGUUAUUGAACAUUAUGAAUCCGAAGUGCAAAUCCUGACUGAAGAAAUAAAUAGUAAGAAAACAUUUCCUGUAUUUGCAUAUUGUAGGCGUGGAGCUAUUUACAGAAAACUGGGAAAGUUAAAGAGUGCCAUGAAUGAUCUACAGAAAGUUAUAACCUUGGAACCAUUGUUUCUCAACGCCUACUGGCACCGGCAUUUCAUUUAUCUUUUCCAAGACAAAAUUAAUGAAGCAUUGGAUGACUUGAAUUAUAUAUCCAAAUAUAAUAAAAAUAAUGCAGAGGUGUAUCUGUCGAAAGCAGAAAUUUUUAGGAAACAAAAAGAUGCUGCUCUUGCAAUUCUAAACUAUAGCCAGGCAAUUAAGUGCAGACCCACAGAUGCGGACAUCUAUUUCAGGAGGGGAGAGAUGUAUGAAAAACAAAACAGAGCGUUGGCCAUUGAUGACUUUUCUAAAUGUAUUUUUUAUGAUCCCCAAAGAACAGAUGCAUUAUUUAAACGUGGGAUGUUUUACUAUGAAAAUGAAAACUGGAUUUUAGCCACACAGGAUUUUACAGCUUUGUUAAAUAUAGAUCACCAACAUUCCAAAGCAAGGACAUAUCGAGGGAGAGCCUAUGUUAAACAGCGCUAUUAUAAACAAGCAACUCAAGACCUUUCUGCUGCAAUUCACUUGGAUCCUAAUAACUGGUUAGCGUUGUAUUACCGAGCUUGCUUGUUUAGAAGGAGUAACCCUUUGAGAGCGCUGCAGGAUUACAGCGUUUCAGUUCUGAUAAAUGAUGGCUAUGAGAAUCUUAGUUCUUUUCUACAUCGGGGCAUAAUCUAUACAAAUCUAAAGUUUUGGAUGCUGGCAAUUUGUGACUUCGAAACAGUUAUUUCUCUAGAAAGAACUAUUAUUUUACCUUAUAUAAAUAUUGGUCUCAUACAUUUGCUACACCUGGAUAACUAUACUGAAGCCAUUUGGCAGUUUUCUGAGGCCAUUAGAAUUGAUCCAUUAUAUAUUCAAAGCUAUAUUUGCCGAGCAGAAGCCUUUCAUAAGGUGAAUAAGUUGAAAAAGGCAGUCAAUGAAUUAUCUCGGGCUAUACACCUUCAGCCAGAUGGAAUCCAAUUAUACAUAAUAAGAGGACAGUAUCUUCUUAUGAUGAAAUGCUAUGAACUUGCAAAGUUCACUAUUUAUCAAGUAUCAGAAAUGAACAGAGGUCUCAUUGAUUUGACUCCUAUACAGCAAGCACUCAUUUAUUCAUUUUGUGAAAAUCAUGACAAGGCCAUUCAGGUCUCAGAAGGAAUCACAUGGAAUAGACCUGAUAUGGCCACGUUUGCUCUAAUAGCAAAAGCACAUAUGAAGGCGAAAAGAACAAAGGAAGCUGUGAGGAGGUUUAAGGAGGCAGUGGAUGCUUUCUCUCUUUCUGAUCAAGGACCGAACGCUGUUUCUCUUUUAGCAGACUGUCUGUAUAAUCUGGGUCUCUGUUACACAGAGGAAGGCAACAUCCAAAUGGCUUUUGAUUACUUUACAAGAGCUGUGAAAGUAAAUCCUGAUUUUGCAGAAAGCUUUUACCAACGAGGGCUUUGUAAAGUAAAAUUGCACAAGGAUAAUUCAAUUCUGGAUUUUAAUCGUGCGAUUACCCUCAAUCCAAAACAUUACCAGGCAUAUUUAAGCCGAGUGGCCUACUAUGGUUUAAAAGGCAGGUAUUCCAAAGCAAUCUUGAACUGUAAUGAGGCUAUCAAAGUUUGUCAGAAGAAUGUACGUGCCUAUCUCUACAGAGGAGUUCUGAAAUACUACAAUAAGAGUUAUAAGCUAGCAAUUAGAGAUUUAACUACGGCUAUCAACAUGGACAAAAGAAAUUAUGUAUCAUUUUAUAACAGAGCAUUAUGUUAUACCAAGAUAGGGGAAAAUCAAACGGCAUUGACAGAUUAUGGAAUUGUCCUCCUUCUUGAUCCUGGAGAAACUAUAACGUUAAAUACCUUCAUUAAUCGUGGACGCAUCUAUGCGGAACUAGAGCAGUAUGGCUUUGCAGUAGAGGAUUUUAAGCAAGCUGUACUGAUGACACAGAAUAAUGUGAGUCUUUGUCAAGCUGCUGCCGUAUGCCACCACAGAAUUGAAGAGUUUGAAGAAGCUGUCAAUUUCUUUACCCAGGCUCUUAAAAUUAACCCACGUUUCCUAGAUGCUUACCUUGGACGGGGAAGUUCUUACAUGGAAUAUGGUCAGGAGGAACCCAACAAGCAAGCCCAGAAGGACUUUACGACAGCGUUGCAUUUUAACCCAGCAUACACAAAAGCCAGAAUUAGUUUGGGCUAUAAUUUACAGGCCCAAGGAAAAUUCCAGAAAGCUUGGAACCACUUCACCAUUGCCCUAGAAGUUGAUCCAAAGAGCUACCUAGCAUAUGAAGGAAGAGCUGUGGUCUGUCUCCAGAUGGGUAAUAAUUUUGCUGCAAUGCAGGAUAUUAAUGUUGCCAUAAAGAUCAAUACUACAGCAGAAUACUUAACAAAUCGAGGUGUGAUUCACGAGCUGAUGGGUCAAAAACAGAAUGCAAUGAAAGACUACCAAGCAGCAAUCUCUCUAAACCCUGCGUACUCCCUGGCUUACUUCAAUGCAGGGAAUAUCUAUUUUCACCACAGGCAAUUCUCCCAGUAUGUCUCUUUUAUACUACAUAGAGUUUGAUUUUGCUCUGAGAACCAACUUGAAAAUAUUUUUUAAUAGGUAAGUUAAGCACAUUUGCAUUUUUGGCAUGAUCACUGUAUUUACUCUUGGUUCUGUUAUUUUAUGUAGUAUAGAAUGUGUUUACGUCUUUUUAUUAAGUAUUUUACUGUGUGGUCUGUUUUAUUUGAUUUUUUCCCCAGAAGUUUUCUGAGGUUUAGAAAGACUCAUAGUUUUGCUGUUGUGAUAACUUUUAUAAAAAUACCUUUAAUACCUGUAGUUCCUUAUUUCUUAAGUUUCUCUACUAUGAACAAUAAAAUUACCCUGUGAGUUCCUCCUCCCUUACUUCUUCCUAUCACCCAUUAUUCAAUUUGAGUUAAUAGUGUUGUCUUUUUUAGAAAAAUGUUUAUUCUGAUUUCUCCCCAUUAAGAUGGUGGAGUAGGGAGGGAGCUUGCUACUCAAGUCUAGGAGAAGACAGUUUUAAAAAAGUGGAAAGAGUGCUGUUUCAGGGAAGAAUUAGGGAGAAAACAGCAAAAGAGACUCUACACAAAUUGGAUGAACAUAGUGGACCUACAUGGAGGGUGUGGAUGCAGCAGGGUGUGGACCCCAGCAACCGAAAGCCUCCACAUCAGCAUUGGAGAGUGAGGUAAGAACAGACUGCAACAUCCCAAGCCACUGGCAAAAAAGCUAUAGGAAGAACCUAGAGGGAAUCUGGCUUGGCACCUCAUGGGGAAUAGUGUACCUGUGAAACUAGAGGAGAAAAAGCAAAAGGGGGUUUUCUCUCUCCCUGAUCAUCUUGCAAAGGUGUCCUAUAACAAGCUGACAGAGAGCAGGCACCAUUUUGGACAUACUUAACAGCUGAGUCUGCUUGUGUCUGUGCACAGCAACCAGCCUAGUGGAGACUCCUGAGUCUGGUGGGAAAAACAAACAGAAGACUGUGUGCUCAUGACUGUGGGAGGCUUGUGUGCUGGGACUGUGAAAACACUGAGGCUGCAUGGAAGACUCAGGGUGUGGCUGGGAUAUUGGACAGUCACUGUGGGAGGCUCCACACAAUCAGGGCUCCCUGGUUACCUGGCAAGAGAUAUUGCUGGGGAAUCUGAGCUUACACUGAAGACUGGACAGAUCCUUUGUGUGGUCCUUCUGGCAGAUCAGAUGAAUAAUAUACUCAUUGGGGCUAGCCCCAGGCACUGGUCUCCUUCAAGGAGAGGAGCUAAGCUGAGACUAUGCCAACAGACAAGAAGAAGCCUCACCUCUGAUUAAAAAAAAAAAAAAAAGGAGAUUUACCAUGCCAAACCUGGAUGUGUCACCUCAGACAUGCUCUCCAUCCUGGAGCACUGAACAGAGCUCUCUGGCCAAACCCACACCUCUAGGUAUUCUGUGAAAGCAGACAAUCCACUAAUCUACUCAGAUAUAGUCCAAAAAUAAAAGCUGCCACAGUGAAAAACAAAGAAGAAACCAAUGAGAAUCUCCACAAAUGCUGAAUAACAAACACACCAAUUCAAGAGAUAAGAAUAAGGAAGACAACAUGACACCCCCAAAAGAAUACAACAGUUCAAUACCUGAUUAAAGAUGAUGAGAUUGAAGAAAUGCCAGAAAUGGAAUUCUAAAAAUUGAUCAUAAGAUUACUUAGAAGUAAUCAGAAACAAAUGCACAAACUAAUGAAAUCCAUAUAUGACAUGAAAGAAAAUUUCUUCCAUGAAAUUGAGAUCUUAAAGAGAAAGCAAAAUGAAAUCUUGGAAAUGAAGAAUUCAAUAGAACAAAUGAAACUGCAGUGUAAAGCCUUAACAACAGAAUUGGUGAAGCAGAAGAAAGUAUAUCAUGGUUAGAAGACAAAUCUCUGAAAAUUUUACAGUUAGACCAAACACAAGAAGAAGUUAAAAAAGUUUAAAAAAACUGUUGGUAAUCUACAGGAUAUUAUCAAAUGACCCUACAUAUGGGUACUAGGAGUUCCUGAAGGUGUGGAAAGAGAGAAAGGAUUAGAAGGCCUUUUUAGUGAAAUAUCUCAGGAAAAGUACAAAGGAAAUCCAAAGUAAAAAAUAGGAAAAUUUUGGAAAAAUGGCAAGGCAAAGUUGUUACUUAUCAAUAGUCACCUUGUUUAUUUUUUUAUUUAUUUUAUUUUAUUUUAUUUUUUGACAGGCAGAGUGGACAGUGAGAGAGAGAGACAGAAAGGUCUUCCUUUGCCGUUGGUUUACCCUCCAAUGGCCGCCGCAGCCGGCACACCGUGCUGAUCCGAUGGCAGGAGCCAUGUACUUACCCUGGUCUCCCAUGGAAUGCAGGGCCCAAGCACUUGGGCCAUCCUCCACUGCACUCCCUGGCCACAGCAGAGAGCUGGCCUGGAAGAGGGGCAACCGGGACAGAAUCCAGUGCCCCAACCGGAACUAGAACCCAAUGUGCUGGCGCUGCAAGGUGGAGGAUUAGCCUAGUGAGCCGCGGUGCCGGCCUUUUUUUUUUUUCAAUAGUCACCUUGAAUGUAAAUGAUCUUAACUCUCCAGUGAAAAGACACAGACUGAUUAAAAAACAAAACCCAUCUAUUUGCUGCCUACAAGAACCACAUCUUACUAAGAAAGAUGAAUUAAAAACAAAGUAAAAGGACAGAAAAAGAUAUUCCAUGGUAACAGAAACUAAAAAAGAGUUGGUAUAGCCAUCCUAAUACCAGACCAAAAAGAUUUUAACACAGUAACUGUUAAAAGAGACAUACAAGGGCACUAUAUAAUGAUCAAGGGAUCAAUUCAAAAGAAAAUGUGACUACUAUAAAUAUAUAUGAGCUAAAUACAGGGCACAUGGCUAUUUAAAAGAAAUGCUAAGGGAUUUAAAGGGAGAUAUAGAAUCAAAUACAGUCAUAAUGGGGGAUUUCAAUACUCUACUUUCAGCAAUGACGAUCAACCAGACCCCCCCCCCCAAAAAAAAAAAAGGAGAGAGAAGACUCAAAUCAAUAAUAUUAGAGAUGAAAAAGGAAAUGUAACAAUAGGCACCACAGAAAUAAAAAGAAUCAUCAGCAGUUACUACACGGAAUUGUAUGCCAACUAAUCAGGAAACCUAGAAGAAACGGAUAGAUUCCUGGGCGCAUACAACCUACCUAAAUUAAGCCAUGAAGACAUAGAAAACCUAAACAGACCCACAACCAAGGUGGAAAUUGAAUCAGUAUUAAAGACCCUCCCAAUAAAGUCAAGUCCAGGAUUAGAUACCUUCAUUGCUGAAUUCUACCAGACAUUUAAAGAAGAACUAACUCAACUCCACUUCUCAAGUUAUUCAAAACAAUUGAAAGGGAGAGAAUACUCCCAAAUUCUUUCUAUGAAGCCAGCAUCAUCUUAAUUCCUAGACUCAGAAAAGAUGCAACAGAGGAAGAGAACUACAGACCAAUUUCCCUGAUGAACAUAGAUGCAAAAAUCCUCAACAAAAUACAAACCAAUCAAAAUCCAACAACACAUCAGAAGGAUCAUUCACCAGGACCAAGUAGCAUUUAUCCCUGGUAUGUAAAGGUGGCUCAAAUCAAUAAAUGUGAAACGUCAUAUUAACAAACUGAAGAACAAAAACCAUAUGAUUAUCUCAAUAGAUGCAGAGAAAGCAUUUGAUAAAAUACAGCAACCUUUCAUGAUGAAAGCUCUAAGCAUAUUGGGUAUAGAAGGAACAUUCCUCAAGACAAUCAAGGCAAUUUAUGACUAACCCAGGGCCAGCGUCCUAUUGAAUGGGGAAAAGUUGGAGGCAUUCCCACUGAGAUCUGGAAUUAGACAAGGAUGUCUACUCUUGCCAUUGCUAUUCAAUUUAGUCCUGGAAGUUUUAGCCAGAGCCAUUAGAUAAGAAAAAGAAAUCAAAGGGAUUCAAAUUGGGAAAGAGGAAGUCAAACUGUCCCUAUUUGCAGAUGACAUAUUCUGUAUAUAGGGGAUCCAAAAGAUUCCACGAAGAGAAUAUUAGAACUCAUAGAAGAGUUUGGUAAAGUAGCAGGAUAGAAAAUCAAUACACAAAAAUCUACAGCCUUUGUAUACAGAGACAAUGCCACAGCUGAGAAAAAAAUCUCUAAGAUCAAUCCCAUUCACAAUAGCUACCCCCCAAAAAUCAAAUACUUUGGAAUAAAUUUUAACCAGGGAUGUCAAAGAUCUCUAUGAUAAGAAUUAACAAAACAUUAAAGAAAGACAUAGAAGAUACAAAAAAAUGAAAAAAUCCAUGUUCAUGGAUUGAAAGAAUCAAUAUCAUCAAAAUGUUCACUCUUCCAAAAGCAAUUUACAGAUUCAUUGUGAUACCAAUCAAAAUAUCAAAGACAUUCUUCUCAGAUUUAGAAAAAAAUUUAAAAAAAAUUUAGACUUCGAAUAGCUGAAUCAAUCUGAUACAACCAAAACAAAACCAGAGGUAUUGCAAUACCAGAUUUCAAGACAUACUACAGGCCGGUGCCGCGGCUCAAUAGGCUAAUCCUCUGCCUGUGGCGCCGGCACACCAGGUUCUGGUCCGGUUGCUCCUCUUCCAGUCCAGCUGUCUGCUUUGGUCCGGUAGUGCAGUGGAGGAUUGCUCAAUUCUUUGGGCCCUGCACCCGCAUGGGAGACCAGGAGAAGCACCUGGCUCCUGGCUUUGGAUCAGCAUGGUGCUCCAGCCUCAGUGCGCCGGCCGCAGCGGCCCUUAGCAGGUAAACCAACGGUAAAGGAAGACCUUUCCCUCUGUCUCUCUCUCUCACUGUCCACUCUGCUUGUCCAAAAAAAAAACAAAAAAAAAAAAAAGACAUACUACAAGGCAGUUAUAAUCAAAACAGCCUGGUACUAGUAUAAAAACAGAUGAAUAUACCAAUGGAACAGAAUAGAAAUGCUUGCUAUCAAUCCAUGUAUCUACAACCAACUUAUAUUUGAUCAAAGAGCUGAAAUUAAUCCCUAGAGCAAGGACAGUCUCUUCAACAAAUGGUGCUGGGAAAACUGGAUUUCCACCUGCAGAAGCAUGAAGCAGACCCCUAUCUUACACUUUAUACAAAAGUCCAUUCAGAAUGGAUUAGAGGCCUAAAUCUAUGACCUGGUAUCAUCAAAUUAUUAGAGAACAUUUAGGAAACUUUGUGAUAUGUUUGCAUAGGCAAACCCGAGGCACAGGCAAUCAAAGCCACAAUUCACAAAGGGAUUACAUCAAAUUGAGAAGCUUCUGUUCUUUAAAAGAAGCACUCAGGAAAAUGAGGAGAUAGUCAACAGAAUGGGAGAAAUUAUUUGCAAACAAUGCAACUGAUGAAGGAUUAAUAACCAGAAUAUAUAAAAAGAUCAAGAAAGUCCACAACAACAAAACAGACAACCCAGUGAAGAAAUGGGCCUAGGAUUUAAAUGGACAUCUUUCAAAAGAGGAAAUCCAAACGGCCAACAGAACCAUGAAAAAAUGCUCAGGAUCAUAACCGUCAGGGAAAUGCAAAUCAAAACCACAAUGAGGUUUCACCUCACCCCCAUUAGAAUGACUUUCAUACAGAAAUCAACAAGCAACAAAUGCUGGCGAAGAUGUGGGGAAAAAGGUACCCUAAUCUAUUGUUGGUGGAAAUCAUGUUUGGAGAUACUUCAGAAAUCUGAAUAUAGACCUACCAUGUGACCCAGCAAUCCCACUCCUCAGAAUUUACUCAAGGGAAAUAAAAUCAGCAAAUAAAAGUUAUCUGCACCUCCAUGUUUAUUGCAGCUCAGUUCAGAAUAGCUAAGACAUGGAAUCAACCUAAAUGCCCGUCAACUGAAGACUGGAUAAAGAAAUUAUGGGAUAUGUGCCAUAUGGAAUAUUAUGCAUCAAUAAAAAAAUGAAAUCCAGUCAUUUGCAAAAAUAUGGAUGAAUCUGGAAAACGUCAUACUUAGUGAAAUAAGCUUGUCCCAAAGGGACAAAUACCAUAUGUUUUCCCUGAUUUGUGAUAACAGAGCACCUUAAAGGAAAUCUGUAGAAGUAAAAUUGACUCUUUGAGAAGCAAUGACUUGAACAGCCCUUGUCUUGACUGUCAAGGUACAGUUCGCUUUUUUUUCCCUUAAUGGAUAAUGGGACUGGGAGUGGGAGAGGGAUGAAGAAUUGAGAUGGAGUGGGGUUGGGAGGGUGGAUGUGGUGGAAGAAUCACUAUAUUCGUAAAGUUGUACUUACGAAAUUUGUAUUCAUUAAAUAAAAGGUUUUUUGGGAGAAAAAAAGAAAAAUGCUUGUUCUUGUUUUUUUUAAACAUGUCUGUGCUUAUGCACCAGCUUUUCAUGCAAGCUUACUUUCCAUUGUCUUUGUUCUCAUAGUUUUUGUGUUUAAUUAUUCCUACACUGCCAGAUAAUUCAGUACUUAUGUACUUUUGUACCAUUAUUGCACACUUCAUUUUUUUAUUUUUAUUUUUUAUUAUUUAUUUAUUUAUUUUUGACAGGCAGAGUGGACAGUGAGAGAGAGAGACAGAGAGAAAGGUGUUCCUUUGCCGUUGGUUCAUCCUCCAAUGGCUGCCGUGGCCGGCGUGCUGCAGCUGGCACAUCGCGCUGAUCCGAUGGCAGGAGCCAGGUGCUUCUCCUGGUCUCCCAUGCGGGUGCAGGGCCCAAGGACGUGGGCCAUCCUCCACUGCACUCCCUGGCCACAGCAGAGAGCUGGCCUGGAAGAGGGGCAACCGGGACAGAAUCCAGCGCCCCAACCGGGACUAGAACCCGGUGUGCCGGCGCCACAGGCGGAGGAUUAGCCUAGUGAGCCAUGGCGCCGGCCUGCACACUUCAUUUUUAAAAGAAUUUUAUUUGUUUAUUUGAGAGAGAGCCAGAGCCAGAGACAGGGAGAGACAAAGAGAAAGGUCUGCUGGUUCACUCCCCAAAUGUCCCAAAUGUCCGAAUCAGCCAGAGCCAGGCCCAUCUAAAGCCAGGAGACACCAGCUUCCUCUGGGUCUCCCACACAGGUGAGGGGCCGUCUUCCACUGCUUCCCCAGGCCAUAGCAGAGAGCUUGAUUGGAAGAGGAGCAGCCUGGGCACGAGCUGGUGCCCAUAUGGGAUGCCAGUGUUGCAGUUGGAGGCCUAGCGCAUUCACCACAGCGCUGCCUGGCUAUUGUACACUUUAGUUUUAUUUCUUCAGUUCAGUGUAUUCCUUAUCACUGGCCUUUUUGUUACAUAUUUGUAUUUGUCAGAGUCCCCUCCCUGCCAAUCUUUUCUUGGUUGUCUGAAAUUAGGCCGUGGUAGGAUCCUAAGGAAGAGCUCCUGACAGCAAGAUUCCUUGAGUCUUUUCAUGUUGUUAGCUGUUUGCCUGUAUGGUUUCUACCUCUAGAUGGUGUAUACCCUUGACUCCUUUCUUUCUUUCCUUGUCUUGUAAGUGUUGCUUCACUGUUUUUCUCAGAACUUUACACAACUUUUGCCUUCUAAGACGCUGCAUUCAUUUAAAAAAGUUGUUCUUACUGUUGACAUUUUUGAGAUCUGUCAUCUAUGAAAUGUCCUCUGCCACCCAUUAUCAUCACCACACCCCUUAGUAAAAUGAUCUUUGAGGCACUUUUGUGUACUGUGGUUCUGAUCUUUUUUUCUGGGCAAAUGCAGCCUACUUUUCCCGAUUUCAUUUCACUCUCCAAUCAUUCAGUCUCCACAUAUUUCUGAUGUACAAAGGCUCUGAGAACACAGAAAUGGACAAGAUGGGAAAGGCUUCUUUUCUGAGGUAGCUCUCCUUUUACCAGAGAAAGACAUAGGAAAGAAAUAAGAAACUAUUAAGGAGUAACACAUAUCUAGUGCAGUCCCAUAUAAGGAAUAGCCAAUCAGUGUUAGCACAUGGGUGGUGCUGUGUGCAGUUGCCUGGAUAGAGUGCAUAGGUUCAUUCAGGAGUAAAUCCUGCGGGAUAAUACCAGAAUUUAGCAGUGGAAGAGAGAGAGCAUGUUGGAAAGCAGACUGAGAAGGGAACACCAAGUCUGGAUGAUAGGAAGUAGGAUGGUUUAAUUUCACCUAGAGAAUAAAGUGCUUUUAAAAAAGAAAGGCGUCCCCCUAUCAACUGCCACUAAAGAGUCAAAAAAAAAAAAAAAAGGAGGAUGGUGGAACAGUGGAGACAGAACUUGAAUGAAGGGGUUGUGGAGAAAAUGUGAGGCAAAGAAUUAGAGACAGACAGUGACCAUAGAAAAUUUGUCUAUGAAAUUCUUUAUGGGAGCCGGUGUUGUGGCACAGUGGAUUAAGCCACCAUUUGCAAUGUUGGCAUCUUGCAUUGGAGCACCAAAGUUCCAGAAGCUCUGCUUUCAAUCCAGCUUUUUGAUAAGACACCUUAUCAGAAGAUGACCAAGUACUUGGGCCCCUGCCACUCAUGUGAGAGACCCAAAUGGGAUUUCUGGCUCCUGGCUUCAACCUGACCCAACCCAGGCUGUUGUAGCCACUUGGGGAGUGAGCUGGAGGACAGAAGAUCUCUGUCUCUCUCACUCUGUCUGUCACUCUGCCUGUCAAAUAAAUAAAUAAGCCUUUAAAAAAAUUCUUCUGCGGGGGCCGGCACCAUGGCACAGUAGGUUAAUCCUCCACCUGUGGCGCCGGCAUCCCAUAUGGGCACCGGUUCUAGUCCCAGCUGCUCCUCUUCCAAUCCAACUCUCUGCUGUGGCCUGGGAUAGCAGUAGAAGAUGGCCCAAGUGCUUGGGCACCUGCACCCACAUGGGAGACUGGGAGGAGGCACCUGGCUUCUGGCUUCGGAUCAGCGCAGCUCCGGCCAUUGCAGCCAUUUGGGGAGUGAACCAAUGGAAGGAAGACCUUUCUCUCUGUCUCUCACUCUGUCUAUAACUCUACCUCUCAAAUAAAUAAAAUCUUAAAAAAAAUUCUUCUGUGAAUCAUAGUAGCUAAAUGAAAAUGGUAGCCAUAAUGUGUUUUGAGGAUAAAAAUUUUAUGUUUUCUUUCUUCUUUAAAGAUAAGUGACAUUGGGCCGGCGCCGCGGCUCACUAGGCUAAUCCUCUGCCUAGCGGCGCCGGCACACCGGGUUCUAGUCCCGGUUGGGGCGCCGGAUUCUGUCCCGGUUGCCCCUCUUCCAGGCCAGCUCUCUGCUGUGGCCAGGGAGUGCAGUGGAGGAUGGCCCAGGUGCUUGGGCCCUGCACCCCAUGGGAGACCAGGAAAAGCACCUGGCUCCUGGCUCCUGCCAUCGGAUCAGCGCGGUGUGCCGGCCGCAGCGCGCCGGCCGCGGCGGCCAUUGGAGAGUGAACCAACGGCAAAGGAAGACCUUUCUCUCUGUCUCUCUCUCUCACUGUCCACUCUGCCUGUCAAAAAAAUAAAAUAAAAAAAAAAAAAAAAAAAAAGAUAAGUGACAUUGAUUCAUUCUCCCUUGUUAAAGAGAAGCACCUACUAAAAAGUUAGAAGCUGUUGGUGUAGGAGAGUGACAGGAAUAAUCAGGAUAAAAAAUCUUCCAUUUUUUGAUGUUGGAAGCUGUAGGACACCAUCCAUUAUGUCAAGAGGGAUGGCAGAGGGUUUGAACAGAGUUGAAUCUAGAUAGGUACCUGGGGGGUAGGGAUUUCUGUCUAUUAGUGAUGAUAGCUUCUUCAGGAAAUAUAUCACUCACCAGUUCAGAGUAGAAGGAAACAUUGAAGAAAGGGGGGACUAGGAGUUUUGAGGAGAAAAGAGAAAAUGUGAAGUGAUUGUGCCAGAGCCACAUAGGGUAGACAUAUGAGAUUGUAGUAACAAUAUUGUGUCCUCAUUUGAGGUUUGUGGUUAUGAAUUUCAAAUGAGACCUUCACUCUUUAUUGCUUUGUAUACAGUUCUUCCUGCACAGAUUAAGACUGCUUUGCAUCACUCUAUGGUUGUUUCUGUGUUGGUCUCUUGUUUCCUCCAUCCAAUUAGAUUGUCAACCCUUAAGGGGCAGGAUCAUGCUUUGCCCUCUUCUCCUUACAUUUUCUUACCUUAUAGAAGCUUCAUUUAUUCCCAUGUCUUAAAUUAUCUGCCUAUAUCUACUCUUUUUUAUUUUUUUGAGCUCCUAACCUCUAUUUAUCUCCAGCUGCUGAAACUGGAUAUUUUACCAGGGCAUUAAAGCCUAGACUGAGCGGAUCUCUAUGUCCUCUAUCCCUAGGCAGCUUUCUGUGUGUAAGCCCACUCUCAAUUUAUGUUGUCUAACAUAGUCACCUGAGGAAAAUGAUCAGAACCAAAACACAACUUUGGCAUCCUCUCUUGCUUUUUCUAAGCAGCCACGGAGUCCCAUCAGGUUAGCCUCUUAAUUGUUUCUUUAAAUAUGUCUCCCUCCCCGCUGUGUAUCUACUACCAUUGCUUUAGGGUUGGUCCUUACUCUUUCCUAAGUUAGUGCCUGACCCUCAGCAGCUUGCUGACCCCAUUGAUUAGCCUGGUUGACCUCUUGGUAAGCUGGAUUUUAGGACAGAGUUAUCUCAGGUCUUACUCUGUAUGGCAUAGGUGGGGUUGUCCUUUCUCAGAUCUCAGUGGACAAGUAGGAGGUCAUAAUCCAAGGUCAGUUGCCCUAAAAAUCAUCAAUGUCAGACCACUGUCUGAGUGGGUCUUAAAAAGGUUCAUUUGCAUUGUAAAGUUAGUUAAUGAGGUUAGAACAAAUGAGAUACCUGGGGUGAUUUUUGCUUGUUAGCUGAGAUGCUUAAGAUCUACUUGGGAGGGAGACAUUCACUUUUUAAACCUAUUUGUCUUUAGUAACUCUGUGGAUAUCAUGUACAAAAUUAUUUAGUUAGAUAUAAAAUGUAGUUGAAACUUUUAAAAAUAAAGAGUAUGGUUCUAUGUGACCCAAAUUGCAGACACAUUAACUGGGCAAAUACUUCAUCUAAACUGCACUCCAUACUCUGUUCUGAUAGACUAGAUGGUUGGGCAUAACUGUGCAAACACUCUCCAGAGACAAGAAGACUUUGAGAAUAAGCGAUUUUGUGAUGCUAGCAUGCUCUGAGUUUUGCUGGUUCUAUUGCCUGUCUUCCCUUUGCCCUCUUAUUUUUAACUAUACUGGAAGGAGGUUGAUGAGGAAGGGUCCCCUCAACAAAUCCAGUAAUCUCUAGAGUGUUAAAACAUGUGUGUGCUCUGGCUUCUUCUUAGUGAGUGAUUUUAAAACACAUUUGCAUGAACUACUCACAGGUAUUAUGAACUACAGGUGAUUUAAAAACCCUUGAUCUGCUUUCUAAUUAAUACAUUUAUUACAGAUAUGAAGACAUUAGGCCAUUGUAAAAAUCAAGCUUCUAAUUGCUAUAGCCUCUAAUUGCUUUAUAGUUAAUAUUCCUAUACAUCAAGUAACCUCAUUAAAUUUGUAAAUUUUCAUUUUCUAGGUAAUAUAUUUUGCAAGCAAUAAUAUAAAGUUGCAUUGUUCACAGUUGGGUUCAGUAUUGAUCUUUUACUGAGCUCUUUUCUCCUAGCAAAGAUAGCCAUUUUUUCCCAUAUGAUUAAAGUUGUGCUUUUGUGAUGUGUAAUGGUGUUACCUUUACUGGUCAUUUAUUGGUAAAAUAAAAGGAAGUCCAAAUUACUAUAUGAUGAAAGCCUUGAUCCUGCAUGGAGUCAUUCCUAUGACUCAUUUUUUAUGACUGUGAGUGCAGCCUUCUCUUCAGGAAUGAAUUCUCUUUAAGCUCCUCACAGAAGGAUGUCAAUUCUGCUCCUAUCUCAUUGGAUCCUUAAAUUGCACUUAACUGUGGCCUAGAACAGCUGCUGUUCAGGGAUGAGAUGGGUUACUUAGUCUUGAACUAAUUACCCCUCAAAGUCAGAGGAAGCAAAGUUUAUACAGUAUUGCCUAAAGUCCAUGUUGCCUCUCCAUUUAUAGAAGAAAAAAGUAUAUAUGUAAUAAUUUGUUAAAUCCUUACUACAUUUGCAUAUCAUCAUCAGUACUGUACAUAUUGGCUGAUUUAAUCCUCAACACUGGAAAUGGAGUUUUAUUUGAUAAGUUUGUUUUGCAGAUGAGGAAAUUGGUACAAAACCUAAGGCACUUCAAAAAACACAUGGAAAAAUGAAAUUGAAAGCUAAGUUUAAUGUGGUGCAAACAAAUUUCAAAAUCCAUUCAUAAUUUUUAAUAUUCAUUUCCAUGAACUUUUUGAAGACCAUUUGUGGAACUUUAGUAAUUCACCGAAGGUAGAGGCAGGAUUUGAACCCAGUAUUCUGGCUCCUUGGUCUGGGCUACUAGCCACCAUACAAUUAAUGCUCCAUCCAUAAAAUCCCUGAUGAAAUUGAGGUCAGGGCCUUGAAAAAAACCUAAUUUAAAAUUUCACUUAAGGCAAACUUAAAGAGGAGACUAGUUAAUUGAAGUAGACUGAGAGAUAAUAAUCAGAGGAGGAAAAGAUGCCAGGGAGACAGCCUGUCUAAAGGGCAAAGAGAGUUUUAACAAGAAAGGGGAGGGUUCAAGACUGGCCAUAUCUCAGAAAUACUAUGGAAGAAAGAACUAGAAGCUAUCAUUAGGCUUGAGAAUAUCUGCAACUUUUACCAAGGGCAGAAUUCAUGGAAUAGAAGAAGGUAGGUAGAAGCUGGGUUGUGGUGAGUUGGGAAAAAAUUGAAAGGUAAAUAAUUAGAGCUAGUUAUGAUGUAAAAAGUGGUUUUCUCUUUUAAGGUUAAGUUUUUAAAGUAAGAGCCAAAUUUUCUUCCUUAAGGAUAUCAGAGAACAGAUUAAUAACUUGAGAAACAGUCUCAUCAGCAUCUCAAACUUUGUAGUGAAGGACCUCCCACACAGGUGCAGGGGCCCAAGGACUUGGGCCAACUUCUGCUUUCCCAGGACACAGCAGAGAACUGGAUCAGAAAUGGAGCAGCUGGGACUCGAACCACGUGGGAUACCAAUGCUGCAGGCAGUGGCUCCCUCAGCUAUGCUGCAGUGUAGCCCCUUGCCUCUUUUUUUUUUUUUAAGGUUUAUUGUAUUUAUUUGAAAGGUAGAAUGACAAAAAGUAGGGUAUAUCCAGAGAGGAAGAAAGAGAGAGAAAGUUCUGUCUUCUGAGUAAUUCUCCAUAUGGACGCAUUGGUAAGGGCUACACCAAGCUGAAGCCAAGAGCCAGAGCGCCAUCUGGAUCUCCCAUAUAGACGACAGGGUCCCAAAUCUCUUGAGCAUUCUCAUGCAUAUUAGCAGGGGGGUGAUUCAGAAGCUGAGCAACAGGGGCUAAAACUGGCUUUCUGACAGGGGAUGCUGGCAUUGCAGGUGGUGACUUAACCCACUGUGUCUUUUUUUUUUUUUUUUUUUUAAGUACUAUAGAGUGAUAUAGUAUUCAGUUGGUAGAUAGUGGAAACAUUUCCCUCCAGCAGGGAAGAGUAUUAUAUAUAUAUAUCAUUGACAUUUGUCUAAAAUAGACAACACAUGUUAAUAACAAAAAGAAGACCAACUUCUGGUUGGUUUCAUUAUCAUUUUUUAAAACCUUCUCUGUAGCAAACAUACCUCUGUAUCUGGGAUGAAAAGCUUCUGCUGCCCCUCAAUAGUCCAUAAGCCAUAGUUUUAAAUAAAUAAUAAAAGUGUUUCAAAUUCCUGUAGAGCUGCUAAUUAAAAUAUAUUCAA